AUGCCCCGUAAGAGUAGAAAAUUUAUAGUAGGAUUUUUCAUCAUAGUCGUGAUCAUAGUGAUCUGGAUAGGGAUUUGUAUGAAAAGAGAAUACAACAAGGAUAAACAGCUGUCGAAAACCAUGGAUGAAUAUAAUACGAUGCUUGUAAAAGAAAGAUUAGCUGCCCGCUCUGCUAUGGGCAAUUUAUACAUGAGCACCCAGACAGUUAGUGAGAACUUGAACAAAAUGGCAGGCCAGUAUGGCAGUUCUUUUAAGUUUCUGGGAGCUGAUGCAGAUGGACUCUUUACUAAAGACAAUUCAUUUGUUAAAUUAGUCACAGAACACUUAAAAGAAGACGUUCUCAGAUUUGGAGGCGAUUCUUUUACACUAGCUAAGAUAAUAGAAUUUAUGGCCUCUCCAACAGAUAAAACAAACAAAUAUUUAUGCAACUAUAACGAGGAUCCUAGCAUGGGAAUAUUGGUUCCUCCAAGGUUAACCAACUGUAGCGAUGACAUUUUGAAUAUUUUAUUGACUUUUGUAGACCUGCAAGAGAAGGUGCAAAAAAAAAUUGUUAUACAAAAUGCUGAGCCGUCCAGUGACUUCAAGUUUUCGAAGUUUAAGUACUUUGAAACGGCAGAACAUAUUACAGUGAGCAAUGUGUCUUUGCACUCGAACACUUUUAAGGACAUGGAGAAUUUUGGAGCUCUCAAGAGUCUGAGAAUCACCAAAAAUACAAAACUAGCUGGCAGCACAGCUGCAAGAGUCAAUAUAAACACUUUAGAAUCUUUUGCAAUAAUAGAGAUUGAAGAGAAAGAGGCUGAGCACUUUCUGCACUCUAUAGAUGUAAGCAGUGCAAGUUUCGGUCUAGCCAUUAGCGAUGUAAAUCUAAUCAACGCUGAGACAAUUUCCAAGCUAACGUAUCUAUCUUCUCUUAGCAAAUUAGAAUUGUAUGGAAUAGUGUUCAAAGAAGUGCCUGACUUUACUUUCAUCAAAAAGAUUAGGAGUCUGAACACGCUGAUAAUGCUAGACAUAUUUUAUGCAUACAAAGAAAAGUAUGAAGAAAACUUAUUUUCGCAAAUUAAGAAAAAUGUGAUUUACUUGAACAUAAGCCAAGCGGCGAGUAAAAGCAAUACAUACACUGAAAAAGAGAAGAAGAUUAUCGAAGAAAACAAAAAGAUAGGGGAGUCUAUCAGCCCAGCAUACGUCUAUAUGAACAAGAAUCUUUAUCACGACCUAGGGAUUAGCAGCCUCAAGAGGAACGAAGACACGUUUAUAAACGUUAUAUUUCCUCUUCUUAAAGACAAUACUUUUGCCAACACAAUAACAUAUGAUAUAAGCUUUAGCAUGGACUUUAAAAAGAACCAUCUAGAUAUUGUAAGUUCUACAGUCUCUAAUGAGAUGGACAUCAAAUUUCUUGGCUAUAUAAUCGGUUUGCAGUUUCCUUUUAGCUCUUACACAGAACUUAAAAGCAUAGGGUUGGAAGUACACCAUAAAAACGAAGCAUGUGAGCCAUUUAUGAACACUUUUAUGAGAUCGAUAUGCCCAUAUUCAAGCUCUAAAUCUAUCGAAAAUCUGUGUAUCAAGUCAAAAAACAAAGCAAAUAUAGAUAUAAAUACUAUCAUCGAGUGUGGUAAGCUUUUCAAAGGCUUAAAGACGAUAAGAAUUCAGAACAGCAACAUAGCACGAGAAUUCAUCAGAGACACAAAUAAAGUAGGAGUGGACGGCACUCCUCAGUACGAUAUGCAUACAAGUAACGAUGGAGAAGCAAUAGAAGUAGAAUUCAAUAGAGAUAACUGA